UUUUUAGACAAGUUUGGAUCUCAGUUUGGUCUUUGACUCUGUGACAUGUCUUAUAAAUACGUGAUCUCCUUCAUCUUCUAUCCAACAUUAUCUGUUUAUUUCAAGCAGUGUCUCCUUCAGUUCCCUUCAUGUUUCAUCUUUAGCUUACGCAUACACACAACACGUAUACAAACACUUCAAGAUAAAUUAGGUUUGAGUGGUGGUGUUUGAUCGAACAUGGCUGUUGUUGUAUCGUCAAGCGGGAAUGCUCCGGCUUUCAAAGCCAAGAUGACUGUCUAUGUCUUUGUCUGCGUUGUGAUUGCCGCUUUCGGCGGUUUGAUCUUCGGUUACGACAUUGGAAUAUCUGGUGGAGUUACGGCGAUGGACGAUUUCUUGAAGAAAUUUUUCCCCUCGGUGUGGGAGAAGAAGCAGCACGUUCACGAGAACAAUUACUGCAAGUAUGAUAACCAGUUCUUGCAGCUAUUCACAUCGUCUCUUUACCUAGCCGCCCUCGUGGCCAGCUUCUUGGCUUCAGCCGUAUGUUCCAAACUUGGAAGGAAGCCCACUAUGCAGUUUGCUUCUAUCUUCUUCUUGAUCGGUGUCGGGCUAACCGCAGGAGCCGUUAACAUCGUCAUGUUGAUCAUCGGAAGAAUCUUGCUUGGCUUCGGUGUCGGCUUUGGCAAUCAGGCAGUGCCACUUUUCCUGUCGGAGAUUGCUCCGGCGCAGCUCAGGGGAGGUCUCAACAUUGUAUUCCAACUCAUGGUCACAAUCGGGAUCUUUAUCGCCAACCUUGUCAAUUACUUCACUGCCACGGUUCACCCUAACGGAUGGCGCAUUGCUCUCGGUGGAGCCGCGAUACCCGCAGUUAUCCUCCUCUUCGGUUCAUUGAUCAUCUGCGAGACUCCCACGAGCCUCAUCGAGCGCAACAAGAACGAGGAAGGCAAAGAAGCGCUAAGGAAGAUCAGAGGAGUUGACGAUAUAAAUGAGGAGUAUGAAUCUAUCGUCAAUGCCUGCGAGAUCGCGAGUCAAGUCAAGGACCCUUACAGGAAGCUGUUAAAGCCAGCGAGUCGCCCGCCUUUCAUCAUCGGAAUGCUUCUUCAGCUUUUCCAGCAGUUUACAGGAAUCAAUGCCAUUAUGUUCUACGCACCGGUCUUGUUCCAGACCGUUGGCUUUGGAAGCGAUGCAGCUCUUCUCUCUGCGGUUAUCACCGGAGUGAUCAAUGUUCUCAGUACGUUCGUGGGGAUUUACCUCGUCGACAGAACUGGAAGGAGAUUCCUUCUUCUCCAAUCUUCCGUUCACAUGCUUAUUUGCCAGUUGAUCAUUGGAAUCAUCCUAGCGAAAGACUUGGGAACCACGGGAACACUAGGGAAGCCACAAGCCUUAGUGGUUGUGAUCUUUGUGUGUGUUUACGUGAUGGGUUUUGCUUGGUCAUGGGGUCCUUUAGGGUGGCUAAUUCCUAGCGAGACGUUUCCUCUAGAAACUCGAAGUGCAGGGUUCGCUGUUGCGGUCUCGUGCAACAUGUUCUUCACGUUCGUGAUCGCGCAGGCUUUCUUGUCGAUGCUUUGCGGGAUGAGGUCGGGGAUAUUCUUCUUCUUCAGCGCUUGGAUCAUUGUGAUGGGACUGUUUGCGAUGUUCUUCAUACCGGAGACUAAAGGAGUGCCAAUUGAUGAAAUGAGGGAGAGAGUGUGGAAGCCACAUUGGUUCUGGAAGAGGUAUAUGCUUGCUGAGGAUGAUCAUCAGGACGUGGAGAAGAGAACUUAAUGAAAGAAACCAUACGUCUCUUUGUGUGUGUGUUUUUUUUUUCCUGUUUUUUUUUCUUGUUGAUGUUUGAAUUCUUUUGUUACUUCUUUUGUUUCGUGGGAACAUAUAGUGUAAUAAGACCAACUUGUUUUUUUUUUCCUGUUUUUUUUUCUUGUUGAUGUUUGAAUUCUUUUGUUACUUCUUUUGUUUCGUGGGAACAUAUAGUGUAAUAAGACCAACUUGUUGAUUCAGGUUGGGUAUUUUAUCAAUGAAACUCCAUGAGAAUUUUCCUCACAAUUUAUAACUUAUGUACAAUUUUAUGUUUUUUUUGUAGUAUAAUUCUAUGUUGUCCAAAAACAAAUUUGGGGUGUUAGUGGAAUUUAGAUUUCUAUAGAAUUUGUUGAUUUUAAAAGUUCAGAGAUUUGUUAAAUUGGAAAAAAAUUGUAGAGAAUUUUUUAUAUUGAGAAAAUCCAUAAAAAUAAAGUAAUGUAAUGAUUCUAAGAAUUCAAGAGAAAUUUGUAGUAUUUUCAUAUUGUUUUAUGAGUUAAAAUGUUAAGUAUUUAAUUUCCAAUAACACUUACUUUAAUAGAUUUGUAUAAUCAUUAAAAUUAAAACUUUUUGAAUGACAGAUGAUUUUGUAUAAAAUUAUAGAAUCAUUAAAUCAAUAAUACUAAAUUUUAAUGAAAAUGUAAAAAAUCUGUAAACCAAUAACACUAAAAUUGAAAAUUCUAAAACUCAUUAUUAAUCUAAUUCCCACUGACAUCCCCAAAAAGUAGAAUUCUAUGUUUCAUGGAGUUUCAUUGAGUAACUUAUAAACUGUGAGGAAAAUUUUCACAGAGUUUCAUUGAUAAAAUAACUAACAUGAAUCAGCAAGUUGGUCAUAAAACAUGAAUCAUAAACUUGUGCUGAUACCAAGAUUCAUCACUCACUACCAAGUUAAAUGCAAAAGCAUAAAAUACUAAAGGGACUGCCAUCAAGUUUCACAAGACACAUGAUCAAAAAAGAAAAAAUAUAGCAAAACAAGACGAGAAAAAGAA